GCAUGCUUGCUGGCCAAGUGGAUGCUGACGCAGACACUGCCGGCAACGCCGUCAAACGCCGCCUGGUGUUCGGAGAUUUUAACAGGAAGAUCGUGGAUCCGUCGGCAAGGAUCCACGUCGGCGGACCAGACGCCACGGCCGCAGCAGCGGUGCUCGUACGGGAUCUUGAGCUGUCAGAUGCAGGUCCUGCUCCGAAGAAAUUGGGCACCUCAGACAGCGAACUACGCGCAGUGGAGGGCGCCAAAUCGUGGUGGGACGUCGAUCUCGGGGACGGUGGAGGUGAUAGCACAAAGAAAGGGGCGAGAGGAGGCAACCUCUCGCCCCUCACGGUGACACCACCACAACCACCACCUCCUCCUCCUCCUCCCCCUCUUUCUCUUCCCCCUUCUCUUUCUCCUGUUCGACGAAUGUCCGACGCCGGCGUCGUGCGCGUCGCCAGCACCACGCUGAUGGGGGACCUGAAAUUGUCGCCGCUCACGGUCCAGGCGCCGCCAAACAACCGGCAUCGUCAACGAUGUGAACUGUACGCCGCUAAACGGCCGGUCGUCGAGGUACACGACAGCUCAAUCGUUUCUCCAGCCGGUAGCAGCAGCAGUAGCAAUAAAAUCGGCGGCGAGGAUCCGAACGUUAUGAGACAGCCUCCUUGGAGGGAAGACGACUGGUUGGCAGGGGACUUGUUGGGUGGUGUCAGAGGUGGAGGGGUAAAAGUCCCGGCGCCACUGUGCGGACCAGGUCUCGGCGCAAGUGAGACAGCACCCGCGGCAGCAUCGGCGAGUGGCGUAAGCAAGAAGGAACAACGGGAGAAGGAGUCGUCACGAAGAGCAUCGAAACCAACUGUUGACAAUGUUUUCAUCGAGUCGUUGCGCGAGGAUUUCGACUUCGAGGGCCGCACGAUUGAGCCGAACAAGCCGUCGGGCUCGCCGUUCGCCGCGGCCCUAUCUGUGCCUCGUAGCGACGACGAGCAAUACCUCGUGUUCAUCGGGCUGGGAGAGACGGGACGGCCGUUGCCAGCGCUGGCAGCGAGGGCUCAGUUCUCGGCCAACCCCGGACGCCAAGCGGAGAGAAUGGUCGGUCCGUUGCAGGCAAGAGCCGGCAGCAAUGGGCGCGUUUACGGGGCAGUGCAGUAUCCGAGCAUGGCAGAACUAUGGCCGGAGGUGUACAACUCGAAAGCUAUUCGGGUUGUGAAGGUGGACAUGCUCGUGGAGGUCCGAUCGCGCUCCGGCGACUCGCUGUACCUUGCGACCGAGCUAAUGGCGAUGUACCGACGACCGUCAGGGGGCAGUAGGAACCAAGGCGCGUUAUGGAGGCCGUAGAUACGCUUAUGGCGACGAAGGACGCACUGAACGCCGUAAAGUAGCGCGGGGUAUUACAAAGCUACAUUUAUUUGCUGUUUCAACGGGCAUGUAGGCAAGCGCGACGUGAAAGCGUCAGAUACCUUUGGUUUUGCGGGCGGUGUCGGGCAAAUCUUCCCUUCUUAAAGGAGUGUGGGCAGGAAACUUCCACUGCGGGCUUCAUGGAGGUCACGAUAAGUGGCGUAAAUGUAUGUAUCCCAGCCUCAUGGCGUCGACCGGCGAAUGUAGGGUCUUUGUUGGUGCGGUAUCGGUUGGCCAUCCUGCUAAAGCUUUAAUUUUCUGUUCGGACAAGUCCCUCUUCCGAUCAGUUUAGAUCAAGUAGAGGAAUUGUGGUGGUGAUAGGUGGGGGGAAAUACCGAAAGGUAAGUCGUUGCGAGAAUGCACGAUCGAGUUCUAUCGGCGAUGUGUGCCGAUGCGAAGACUGUAGCAAGGCGUUGUGCGUAAGAAGAAACGGUGCUUCAGGUCUCCCUUGAAUGUCGUGGCGGAUGGUGGGGUAUGGUGUCUCAACAACGAAAACCCGCGACGAAACCAAAUAGAAUAAUAAUUCCGUGGUCGGGCUAGAUAUUGUUUAAAUCGCUGUCGUUUCCUCUUGUGAUGUAGGAUACCGCGAGUUGGCAGCAUAUGGUGCAGCGCGCACAAACACAGCUAGUGCCCGGAGUGGAGAACAAUUAAUCAACUUUUUCGUCGAGACUCAAUUUCGUGUUUCGCCAACACGGUGGAGUAAUAUCUUGAUGCUAGUAUUAAAUCCUCGGCAGUGCUAUGCUUCACAUAGCACCAGUUGCACGAAAUUCGCAAACGCUGGAAUUAUUAAUAUUUAUCCUAGAAGUAUGUGACUAGCCACGUCUGACUAUUGAUUGUCUAGGGUAGUUUAGUUCCUUUCGGCUUGUUGGUUUUGCUCUGCUUUCGCAUCUCUGUGGUGAUUCUUCUGGGCGCUUUUUCUUGUACCUUUGGUUUCCUACAAAAAUGCCAUGUUCGGCAGAUGGUCGUGGACCCCAGAAGGGGGGUGCCUCCGUUGGACCGGUACCGAUGGUAAAAGGUGAUGAGCAGAGACCGGAGAGGUUCUUUAUGUGAAUGCAUCACAGCUCCUAUUCUAGGCGACAUUAUUCUUGACUGCGGGCCCCUCUAGAGAAUACGCCGGAGGGACAACGUACACAAUAUUCGGCCGCCUGAUGUGAUGCGACAUGCAAGGGUGGUGACGCAAUUUUGACGUCGACCUACGUCCUCGCAAUGCAGGAAAUGCUGGCCGAGAGGGAGGGAGUGCAUGGUAAUUUUAGAGGGGACUAGGCAUUAAAAUGAACGGCGUGUGUGUAGAUAAUGUAUGUGCAAAGUACGAGAGCGAGGUAGGGGGGGGACAGUUCGGUAAACCUUGUAUUGUCGUGGACCUAGCUUAAGGGACGGGGUGCGAACUAAUAUUAUCCGUGUGGCUGUAAUAUAGUAUUGAUAGCACGUCGUGGGUAUUUCAUGUUUCCCUUUGGGUAUCGACCACACGGCGGACCAAGCGUUGACUUCAUUCCAGAGUUCACGCAUGAUUCGAGAUGCCAUCGUAGAAAUCCAUUGGAGUCCAGGAGUCGGCCAUUGUUUGUGGCACGAGUACUGGAAAUUUAUUUCUGUGAGGGAUCUAUAUGCGGUUGGGUGUCCAAGUGCCCCCCUCCCCCCCCAGGGGUGCACGCUUGAGGUUAUUGUACGUGCGUGUAUGGUUGGUUGGUGUGUGUACUCACACACACGCUGUGCAUGCGUGUUCUCAGACGACAUUGUCCCCAUACUCAUCACCAACCACUGAGGGUGUUGGUGCCUCGAACACGAUAUAUCUCUAGUUGGGGCGGUUGUGCUUUCCGAAUGCUCGUUUCUGUUGGAUAAGAAGUUGAAACGUUGUCUUGUUUGAGUUAUGUGUCUAUUCUUUGAAGCUGCUUCUUUCAACACUGUCCGUCACCGUUCCGGCGCUUUCAUGAUGUAGCGCUGACUCUUGUUUGGUACUUUUUCUGAGAAUGGUUUCUUUGUGUCCACGGUUGGAGCUCAAAGUUUCCAGGGACGAAAGCGUUUGGUAAACUGAUGGAGACGCGUUGUGUUGAAUGCGUAGUAGCCAGUUUUAUUGGAGAGGUUUCGUCACGUAGCGUUAUUCUGUGUUGGUCAGCUAAUACUCUUGGAAGCAUGUCCAGGUUGUCUCCGACCAUAUCAAGAAGGAGGGCUGUUUGAAGCACUUGGGUGCGAUAUCCGAUCUGGGUUAACGGUGUUUGUGUGAGGGGCAUGUAUGCGGUUGGGGUUCCGAGUGGGACCCUCCCUGAGAAAGCGCACGCAGGUGUGCUCCCUGGCCGGUCUCGGUGUCGGUAGUGUGUGGUUUGUGUGUUUGUGCGUCCCUUCAAAUAUGACACUACUUUGUUCACGAAUGAUAUGUGUUUUGUUUUCUUCAUCGGCCGUUCCUGGGAUAACUUACUACCCACAAUCAACACCAAUCGCUGAGGGCGGUGACGACUCGACCAGCCAU